AUGAAAAGACACUCAGAGCUCACUGCCAUGUCUGUAUUCAAAGGAGCUGGUGCUCUACUGCUGCUGGGAUGGCUGCAGUUGGUUUCCGCGACUCCGUACGUUGGCUUUCCGCUGGACGAACAACUUCCCAACGUUGCCAGAGUCGGUGAGGAGUACGAAUUCUCCAUCAACAAAUUGACGUAUGAGACGGACGACGGAACUGUUGCCUACUCUGUUGAUGGACUGCCUAGUUGGUUGUCCUUCGACUCCAGCUCGCUCACUUUUUCGGGGGUUCCCAAAACUGACGAUGCUUCAACAGACGUGCCUAUCUACCUGGUUGGAACUGACAAUUCUGGCACCUUGAACAAGACCUAUUCCAUCGUGGUCUCUUCUGAUCCUGGUCCUUCCCUGUCUUCUGCCAGUACUCUUAUCGACCAACUGAGUGCCUAUGGAGACACGAAUGGAAUCGAUGGUCUGGUCUUGAGUCCGGGUGCUGAUUUCAACAUUAAGUUUUCGUCAAAAACUUUUGAAAUGAUUUCGGGGUCUACCAACAAAAUCAAGACCUACUACGGGAAAUCUCUCAACAGAACGUCGUUGCCAAGUUGGGCCUAUUUCGAUAGCGAUACCCUCACGUUCAGUGGAACUGCUCCCGCCGUGAACUCUGAAAUCGCGCCAAGUCAGUCAUUUGGGUUUAUCCUGAUUGCCACGGACUACGAAGGAUACACUGGCGCAUACGGAACGUUUGACAUCGUGGUUGGUGCCCACCAGCUGAGCACCAAUAUGACCUCUCCAUUGGUCAUCAAUGCCACUGCUGGUGACUCAUUUUCUUAUACUGUUCCUCUUGAGGAUGUGUUCUUGGAUAGUGAAAUAAUCAGCAGUUCCAACAUCUCCUCCGUGCAGCUGAACAAUGCUCCAUCCUGGGUCUCGUUGUCUGCCAUGACCAAAAUCUCGGGAGAUGUUCCAGAGGACACAGACGAGAACCACGUUUUCAACGUCACUGUGACCGAUGUGUACUCUAACUCGGUUCAAUUGGAGUUUACCAUUGAGGUUCUCACCACUGUCUUUACCGUUUCAAGCCUUCCAGAUGUCAAUGCCACGAGGGGUGAGUUUUUCGAGUACACCUUGGAUGAGGAUGACUUCACCAACAUCAACGAUACCACCAUUAAGGUGGAGUUUGACGACAACACCUGGUUGACGUUCUUCCAGACGAACUACACGUUUGCUGGCAAUGUUCCCUCUAAGUUCAAAGAGCUUGAAAUCAGCUUGAAGGCCACGCUUGGCAGUCUUUCCACGACCAAGAAGUUUAACAUAGACGGAAUUGCGGGAAAGAAGAAGAAGACUUCGUCGUCAUCUUCGUCAUCCUCGCACCAUUCGAAGUCUUCCUCAAGCUCCUCUUCUAGUCACACGUCCACAAAGACAGGCUCCACCUCUUCCGUGACUGCCACUCCAACCAACAACUCGAAGAGCAACACCUCGAAGAACUCGAAUAAGAAGACACUCGCGAUUGCACUUGGAGUAGUUAUUCCAAUCGUUGUCCUGGUGCUGCUUGGGUUCUUGCUGUUCUGUUGCUGGAGACGCAGAAAGUCAAACGGAAGCGACGAUGAGAAGAAGAAGAGCCCUGAUAUCUCGGAUCCAAUUUUCAUCAAUGGAUCGAACGUGCCUCGCAGCCAGAGUUUCGACACUAUGAACAGUGAAGAGACCACCGCAAGACGACUCUCGACACUCAACGUGUUGAAACUAGACGGCAAACACUACGGUGACAACGCGAGCAUUAACAGCUCUACCACAAAUGUCAACUCCACGAGAUCAUCUAUGUACGAAGAUGCCUUACAGCACCAACCUCUAGAUGAUGAGAGAGACGCACAAGUGAGAAAAUCAUGGAGAACAAAGCUGGGAGAUGGAACGUGGAAACCCCACGAUUCGCUAAAUUCUUUGGCCACCGUUGCCACCAACGAGUUGCUGAGUGUAAGAGUCACGGAUGAUGAACUCCGUCGCCGUUCCCAGAUGUCUCAGCUGAUGGGAGGAUACGCCGCACGGAACUCGUCAUCCGGCCUAUUGGACGACCCUGAAUCUCCCAGUGGAAACUACCAACUGUAUGACAGCAAUGGCAAUAUUACAGCAAUGAAACACACAGACGGAAGAUUCAAUUCCAACGCAGACCUGCAAACAUUGAGUGAGGAAGACUCUCCAUUGUCGGUUCCCCACACGCACGGUCACCAGGCCUCUUCCAUCGUUUCCAGCCAGGAUUUCUCCUCGGAGUCGGUCCAGGAGGAGUUCAGGCCGAACGUAUCAAAAUCGGGAGAGACCACAUGGACUCCUAUCAACACCUCAAACGGUUCCAGCAAUGGGAAUCAGGCCAAGUCAUUCGUUCCCUCCAUAACGAGAAAGGUGUCCGCCAAACUCGUUGACUUCACUGGUCGUGGCAAAAAGACCAAUAAUGAUCCUUUGCCAGACCAAGAUCUGAAGUCUGUGAAAGGCGAGAUCUGCGAAGACAGUGCCAGCGAUUGA